UUUCAUUUCGUUCGAAGGCGGUGGUAUUCGUUCCUCGCAGUUUUUGUUCGUAUUCAUCGCUUUUCUUCAUACGUAAAUACUUUCAUUACAAAUACGAUACGAAGUGUACAUUACAAUCUAAUUAUCGACAGUGAAUGAGUUGUAAGCAUGUCGCUAAUCGUGUAGUGAUUCGGUGUUUAAUUUAGACAGUAAUAAUCGAGUCCAAAGUGCGUGUUGUUUAAAAUUUAUUAAUUUGUGUUUGUGAUAAUAUUACAUACGUGCCAAAUAUGUCUUUGGAAGAUAAAUUCAACGCUGCGGUCAACGUAAUCCGGAGUUUACCAAAGAGCGGGUCGUACCAGCCGAGCAAUGAGUUGAUGCUUCGUUUCUACAGUUAUUUCAAACAGGCCACAGAGGGACCAUGUGACAAGCCAAAACCUGGAUUCUGGGAUGUUGUAAACAGAGCAAAAUGGGAAUCCUGGAACAAACUUGGGAACAUGACAAAGGAUGAAGCGAUGCAGGCGUAUGUGGACGAAUUACACAAGAUAGUGGAAACGAUGUCAUAUAACUCUGAUGUCGCGUCAUUCCUGUCGGUUGACGAGGAUAAUGCUGAUCUGGAGCUGGUGGCCGGAGACAUCCUGGCGAGGGUUCGAUCUGGAGAGAACUCGCCUGUGUUAUCAGGCGCCUCCUCACCUCGCGGCGAGUCUCCGACGCCCGUACGACAACGGCACGACUCCGAAGACGAAUACAUAGAUACUGUCGAUGUUAGUAUAAGUGAUUCCGAGUCGGCCCCACCCGCGCCUCCUCCACAGCGUCAAACGGCACAGAGACUCAGCAACGGACAUGCUCAUCAAAUCACAUCACAGCUCACACAUUUAAAAGUACUGGAACAGUUGCCGGGUACGCUGGCGCGGCUCGAGGCUGACGUGGCAGCGCUCAGGAAGGCCGUCGAGGGAGACCGCAGGAUACUCGACCAAGUAUCCCGCGGCUGGCGAUGGCCUUGGCAGGAGCUGAGCGCCCCAACCCUCAUUCUGCUCGCCGUGUGGCCAUUCAUAGCGUACAGGAUCGCGUCACGGGGGCAACGCAGGCACACGUAACGUAACAAAAGCUGAAAACUACUAGGUGUAAGGGAUAAUAAUUAUGUCAGAGUUGACAAGCUGUUCACGUAAGCUUGUAAUAAUUAGUUAACCAUUGUAUUUACAUAAAUAUAAUAACAUUGUAUGUUGUAGUGUAUUCUAUUACGUCAUCACUGCCUUAGGGCUGUUUUUUUUUGUGGGUGGGUAUAUCAUCAAAUGACUCCUUCUGCCCUGGAUCAGGCGGGGGGGGGGGGGGGG